AUGGCAGAUCACAAGAUUCAAGGUGAUCUUGGCGAGCAUGGAUUGAAUGACAGCCAUCGACCGUUGACUAUUACCCAAGAUGGCAAGCAGUCACCGACCAGCUCGAUCACGGCGCCCAACACGCCUGACAACGACAUCGAAGAUGGCAGAGAAGUCAUCAACCCUCAUGGCAGUGUCACGAAAGUCGAAGCCUUCAACAGAGUCCUCCGCACCUCUGGCAAGGGAAAGCUGCUACUAUACACCUUAGCCGUGUCGAUCGGCCUGACCAUGUUCGCAUACUCCAUGGACCAAGGCACUACAUACCUCUUCAACGCCAUCGCUGCUUCAGCUUUCCGGCGUCACUCAUCGCUCGGGGCCAUCAACACUGCAGGCCAGCUAGUCCGCUCCAUCUCAAAGCCAUUCCUGGGAAAGCUCGCAGACAUCACCUCCCGGCCAACGACAUACGUAGUCGUCCUCAUCUUCUACGCCGUUGGCUUUGCCGUCGCCGCCAGCGGCCAGAGUAUCGCUGCAUACACCAUCGGCACCUGCUUCACGGCAUUCGGCAAGUCAGGCAUCGAUCUCCUCGGCGACAUCAUUGUUGCAGACAUGACUAGUCUCCAAUGGAGAGGCUUCUUCGUCUCUCUCCUAGGUCUUCCCUUCAUCGUCACAGUCUUCAUAGACGGCUUCAUCUCCGAUGCUUUCCUUCCGGACAAAUGGCGCUGGGGCUUGGGCAUGUUCGCAAUCAUGGUACCCGUGCUCCUUAUCCCCCCCAUCAUCACACUGUACGCUAUGCAGCACAAAGCGAAGAAACUCAACAUGGUGUCCAUGGGCGGUAGCAAGCUCGCCCGCACAGGCCAGGUCAAUAACAUAAACAAGAAGUCAUACUUGCAACUCGCCUGGCAAGGCAUAAUCGACAUCGACCUCCUCGGUCUCCUCCUCCUCGGCUUCGGCUUCGCCCUAAUCCUCCUCUCCCUAAAUCUCUACACCACCGCAAAAGGCGGUUUCUCCAACCCCAGCAUAAUCGCCAUGCUCGCCAUCGAUCUAAUCCUCCUGAUCACCUUCCUCCUCUUCGAAAUCUACAUCGCCCCCAAACCCUGCUGCUCCCGCCGCAUCUUAAUCAACAAAGCAUUCAUCUCCGCCCUCGGAAUCGACAUCUUCGGCCUGCUGGCGAGCGGGAUCCAUUCCCUCUACUUCCCCUCCUACAUCCUCGUAGCGAAGGACUGGAAUCUGUAUAACACGAACCUCUUCACCAACACCGUGACCCUCGUUCUCGUGGUCCUCGGCCCUAUCGCAGGUCUCAUCCUAGCCAAGACACACCGCUUCAAAUUCCUCAUGCUCCUCGGCGCAAUUCUCCAACUCAUCGGCUACGGAAUCCAACUCAACAGCCCUCUCGCCACCACCAAUACCGCACAACUAGUGAUCUCCCAAAUCCUCUCCGGCUGCGGCUCCUUCACAGUAGUAGGCGCACGCGUAGGAUCCCAAGCUUCGGUUCCCCACGAAGACCUCGCAUCGAUCAUCGCACAGCUCUCCCUCUGGUCCUCCUUAGCAUCCUCAAUCGGCUUCACGAUCGCGGGCGUGGUCUGGGGCGAUAGAAUGUUGCCGUGGAUGAGGGAGGAGUGUCCACCUGAAGUGAGCUCCGCAGAGCUGAGGAAAAUAUACGGCUCAAUCAAGACGCUCCGCGACUAUCCUUGGAUGUCGACGAUUCGGGAGUGUGGGGUGAGGGCGUAUCAGAGGACUAAUGGGGUGUUGUUUAUUGUGGCGGUGGCGCCGGCGGCGGUGGCGUUGGUGUUUUGCUUUUUGAUGCCGGAUUAUUACCUUGGAAAGCAACACAACCUCGUCAGCAAUACUCGACCGGAUGGCGAGGCGGUUGAGGAUGUUCACAGUGAGGAGGAUCGAGGGCAGCUAAGGCCGAGAAGCGCCUUGGGGAGGUUUUGGAAUAUGGGGGCAUGA